AUGGGAAGAUCUUUUGCGUAUGUGAUCCUUGGUGGUGGCGUCUCUGCUGGUUAUGCAGCUCUUGAAUUCAUUAAAAAAGGCGUCUCGCCUGGUGAACUUUGUAUCAUCUCCGACGAACUUGUGGCUCCUUAUGAGAGACCUGCAUUGAGCAAAGGCUUUCUACUUCCAGAAGCUCCUGCACGCCUUCCGGGUUUUCAUACUUGUGUAGGCGCCAAUGAAGAAAGGUUAACACCAAAUUGGUACAAGGAACAUGGAAUUGAAUUGAUCCUGGGAACUCGAGUCAUUUCUGCAGAUGUUAAGCGUAAAAUAUUAUGGACAGCAACAGGAGAAGCCAUUAUCUAUAAUUACCUCAUCAUUGCAACCGGUGCUCGGGCUUUGAAACUUGAAGAGAUUGGCAUAACUGGAUCAGAUGCUGAAAAUGUAUGUUAUCUUCGCGAUUUGGUUGAUGCAAUGAAGCUUGUCAACAUGAUGAGAAAGUGUAGCGGUGGAAAUGCCAUCAUCAUUGGAGGUGGCUAUAUUGGAAUGGAAUGUGCUGCUUCUUUGGUAAUAAACAAGAUUAAUGUUUCCAUGGUAUUCCCUGGAUCAUAUUGCAUGAGUCGUUUAUUCACCCCCAAGAUCGCAAACUAUUAUGAAGAUUUCUACAAAUCAAAAGGGGUGAAUUUCAUCAAAGGCACGGUCUUGUCAUCAUUUGUGUUCAACUCAGAAGGGAAGGUGAUCGGAGCUAAUAUGAAGGACGGACGCUAUCUUCCUGUAGACUUGGUUGUUGUAGGAAUCGGGGCCCGUCCCAACACGAGCCUCUUUGAAGGUCAACUCACUUUCGAGAAAGGAGGAAUUAAAGUCAACAGCUGCCUAAAAUCAAGUGACGAAUCAAUUUAUGCAGUUGGAGAUGUUGCAUCUUUUCCAAUUAAGCUUUUUGGUGACACCCGAAGACUAGAGCAUGUUGAUGCAGCUAGGAAAACCGCUAAGCAUGCUGUGUCAGCAAUAAAGCAACCAAAAAGCACCUCAGAAAUCGAUUAUUUGCCAUUUUUCUACUCAAGGGUGUUCUCAUUGUCAUGGCAGUUUUACGGAGACAAUGUUGGGGAAGUUAUUCAUUUUGGUGAUUUCUCGGGGACUAAGUUUGGAGCGUAUUGGGUGAAUAACGGUCGUUUAGUUGGGUGUUUUCUUGAAGGUGGACGUAACGAAGAAUACGAGGCUAUAGCUAAGGUGAUCAGACUUAUGCCAGUUAUUACAAACUUGAGUGAGCUUGGGAGGGCCGGUGUAGAUUAUGUACUAGCCGUGAGUCAAAAACCGCUAGGGUCUCAGUUUGUUCAAGGAGGUGGUUCUAGGCUUGAUGUAAAGAAACCAGUAUAUAUGUGGUAUGCAACUUCUGGGAUUGUGAUAGCUGCAUCUGUAGCUGCAUUUGCAUGGUGGUAUGCUAACUACUGGCCAUAGAUCGACAAAAAAAAAGUGUGAUAGGUAAUUUGUACUACACAAUUAAAAUAUGGUCAAAUAAAAAAUAAGAUGGAAACAAGUCAAACAACGGGCAUUUGAUCUAGUAUGAUAAAAGAUUGAUCUUUUAAAAAAGCCAAUAAAUUUGUUUAUCUGUUUAAACUUUUGAAAUA